CUGGCUGGACGCAGUCGAGCCCCUAAAAGCCUGAAGUGGAGUUGACAGGUGCGCGCAGAGCCAUGCCAGCGACCAUCCUGCCGCUCCUGCUGCUGCUGCUGCAGCCGGCCCUCGGUCUCCUCCGCGGGGCCGCGCAGCCCUCCGCCGCCGUCAGGGAGUACUACAUCGCGGCCGUGGAGAUCGGCUGGGACUACGUCCAUGUGGAGGAUGCUGACCCGGCGUCCGAUCAGAGGGGGAGAUUCAAAGCUAUUCCUCAGAAAUUUAUCAAAGCUAUUUAUAGGGAAUAUACAGACUCCACCUACACUGUCCCCAAACAAAGACCAGCCUGGACAGGUAUUCAAGGCCCAGUGAUCGUCGCCCAGGCUGGCGACAAGGUGGUGGUCCACUUCAAGAACUUAGCGUCUCAGCCCUACAGCAUCAGCCCUGUGGGGAUCACAUACUGGAAACAGUCUGAAGGAGCUGGAUACGAUGACUCCACAGCGGGCCAGGAGAAGGAGGAUGACGCCGUCUCUCCCGGAGGAUAUUACGAGUAUGUGUGGGACAUCAGCCCUAAAGACGGCCCCACCGCCAACGACCCUGAUUGCCUCACCUACUCAUACUCUUCCCAGGUGGACACGGUUCGAGACAUGAACUCAGGACUCAUUGGUGCCAUCCUCAUCUGUAAACCGAGUGCCUUCACGGAAGAUGGCCAGAGGAGGUUCCCAGCGUUUGUCCUCUUGUUUGCAGUGUUUGAUGAGUCUAAAAGCUGGUAUGGAGCGGUGGGAGAGAGGACAAGCAGAGAGAAGGUCAGGUGGAUCCCCGGAAGGAAGGAAUUCCACACUAUCAAUGGAUACGUCAACUCUACUUUACCUGGUUUGAAAGUGUGUCAGGACCGUAAUCCUGUGUUUUGGCAUUUGAUUGGGAUGGGCACAGCUCCAGAAAUCCACUCCAUUCGGUUCCAGGAUCACUCUUUACAGGUUCUGACCCAACGUAAGAUCACUGUGGAAGUUACCCCGAUGACGUUCAUCACUGCCGAAAUGAAACCCACAACUAUCGGCCGUUUCAGUAUCAGCUGUCAGAUACAUGCUCAUCAUCAUCAGGGCAUGAAUGCUUUGUUCACAGUGGAGAAAUGCCCUGAACCUGACACACGGAACGCCAAACACGGCAGCAGGGAAGACAACCACAAUGGCGGCGAUGAAGAUUAUGAUUAUAUGUUCAACACCAUAAACAUUCAACCCCAGAGGCCACAGGUGCAAGCCAGAUCUAGCAGCGGCCAGAAGUCCCAAAAAUGGAGACAUUUCAUCGCCGCCGAAGAGAUCACCUGGAAUUACGCUCCGCAUCUCAAACCCACAGACAGUGACUUGCAGUCCAGACAUUUGCCUGCAGCUCCCCAUCACCUUGGUUACAGGUACAAAAAGGUUGUAUAUGUGGAGUACACAGAUGGCUCUUUCACUCAGAGGAAAAACCCGGAGAUGUCGCUGCUGGGUCCAAUACUCAAAGGAAAAGUCAACGAUGAGAUCCAUAUUAUCUUCAAAAACCUGGCAAGUCGGCCUUUCAAUAUCUACCCCAAUGGCCUCAUCAAAAUCUUUCCACGCGACAGAUCCACCAAUGCUGCAGAGAAUGACUUACGGUCAUUGGGCGUUCCCCCAAAUGGGACAUUUAGCUACCGUUGGCACCUAACAACAGAAGAUGGGCCUUUGGAGGGAGACCCCCAGUGUCUGACCCAACUAUAUCAGAGUACCAUCUCUCCGGAGGCCGACUUGGCAUCUGGACUGGUGGGCACCUUGCUCAUCUGCAAGUACAACGCCAUCGAUGUCAGAGGACGACUGUUGGGUCCUGAUGAGAAGCUGGACCUGAUAUUUGCUGUGUUUGAUGAGAACAAAAGUUGGUACUUCAAAGAGAACAUGCAGAAGUCCACCCACAGCUCCUUCAAUUCAUCUGACCCUCAGUUUUAUGAGUCCAAUGUCAUUUACAGUAUAAAUGGCAUCAUGUUCGGUGGGCGUCAGUUUGUCAUGUGUCAGACUGACGUGCCUUUCUGGCAUGUGGGCAACGUGGGAACCCAGAGUGACUUCCUCUCUAUCUAUUUCACGGGAAACCUGUUUCAGUACCAAGGCCUCUAUCAGUCUGUCCUCACGCUUUUCCCCAUGACUGCCGUAACCGUUCCCAUGGAGACUGAACUGAUUGGUGAGUGGGAGAUCAGCGCCUUUGAUAGUAGCCUCAAGAGCCGGGGCAUGAGCAUCCGUUACACCGUUCGUCCCUGCAACAACGGAGAGUUUUCACUGGUUGAUCAUGAUGUGGAUGAAGAUAUCACAGACUAUUUGGACGAUGUAGCUCUUCGGCCGAGAGGUGCAGGACCUAGAAACGGCACAGUGCUGGUUCGGGUGUGCAAGAAACUCAUUGCUAACAGCACUACUGGGCUAAAUGUCACUAUGGACAAAACAGGGGGUAGUGCUGGCGUAGCAUGUCAUUUAAGGAGAGUACCCAUGUCAUCACUGGAAAGGGCCAAACCCACCUCAGAUGAAGGAAUCCCAGACGAUAUUCUGGAAGAAAUAGACCAAAAUGGGAAUUGGGCAGCUCCUCAGAAUCAGACUCAACUGGGGAGCAGACGAAGAAGACACGCAAAUGGAAACUGGUCAGAGGAAGCCACAGGUUUUGAAGACUUAGGAGAGGAAGAAGCAACAAUAGAAAUAGUUGAAGAAGAUGUAGACAUGACGGACAUUGAUGUAGACGUAAAGACUGAAGAAAGGCGUGAGAUGCUAAGUGAGAAGAACGGGGCGACAGAAGAGCAUGAAGAGUUCAACAACGUCUCACUAAACAGUGAAGAGCAGGGCUCAGCUCAAGAAUCGAUCUCCUUAAAGACCAUAGAGCAAAACCCACUACCACAAAAGCUAAUUCCUACUGAACCCGCAGAGCUUUUAGAUGAUAUGCUGGAAUACAACUUCACAGACGACGGCAACGCGACGAAGCUGGAUUUCUCCUUCGAGUAUGAUGACUACAGUAAUGAGGUACACAGCCCGCCAGGUGUAUUGGGUCCAGAUUACAUAAACGUACGCUCUGGAGAAGUCCGACCUCGUCAUUACUACAUCGCUGCAGAGGAGAUCACCUGGGACUACGGUAUCAAAACACCACUCCAACUCAUGAAACCCAGAGAGAUGCGUCGGGGGAUGAGGAAAUUCCUGCCUGAAUAUAAAAAGGUGGUGUUUCGAGCUUACAUGGAUAAAGAUUUCCUGCAGCCUGAAGGCAGAGGAGAGCUGCAACAACACUUGGGAAUUGUGGGGCCCAUUAUCAGAACCGAGAUUAAUGACCUCCUCACUGUGAUAUUUAAGAACAAUGCAAACAGACCUUACUCUUUUCACCUUCAUGGAGUCUAUGACCGAAGCCACGGGGCUGUGUUCGGAGAAACCAGUUCCUCUUUUGCCCCGCCCGGAGUUCCUGGAGAGCCUGUACCUCCAGGGGAGGCCCGCACUUAUAACUGGAGAAUAAGCAGGAAACAAGGACCCACUGACCCUGAAUUCGCCUGCAAGACUGGAGCUUACUACUCCACUGUGGAUAAGGAGAAGGACCUUCACUCAGGUCUGAUUGGUCCACUGGUGAUCUGUAAGGCCGGUACUCUGCAGACUCCUCAGAACACGCAGCCGGACAUCCAGGAGUUCUCUCUGCUCUUCCACACCUUUGAUGAAACUAAAAGCUGGUACCUGGAGGAGAACCUGCAGCGACACUGCGCACCACCCUGUCAGGUCAACACUGAGGACCCCUGGUACCACACCAACAACAAGUUUGCAGCAAUAAAUGGCUACGUGGCGGAGACUCUUCCUGGGUUGAUGGUUGCUCAGCACCAGCCAGUCAGGUGGCACCUUCUGAAUGUCGGAAGUGACAAAGAGUACCACGCUGUGCACUUCCAUGGCUUACCUUUCACUGUCCACACUCAACAAGAACACCGUAUGGGUGUCUUCAACCUGUUUCCGGGUGUGUACGGGACCAUCGAGAUGAGACCCCCCACCGUGGGCACGUGGCUGGUGGAGUGCACCAUAGGAGACUACCAGCUGGCUGGCAUGAGGGCUAAACUUCUGGUCUAUAAUCCAAGAUGCAUCUUACCUUUGGGAUUGAAAUCAGAAAGGAUCGAAGACUCCCAAAUCACAGCAUCGGAUCACAAAGAUAAGUGGGAGCCGAGGCUGGCCAGACUGGAGCAGUCUGGUUACAUCAAUGCUUGGAUGGGCAGGAACACUAAUUCAUGGCUACAGGUUGAUCUUCAGAAGCCCACCCUGCUGCAUGGUGUCCAAACACAGGGAGUGAGAUCAAGGCUAAGGGACCAUUACAUCACAUUCUUCACUGUCUCUUACAGUCUGGAUCAAGAUACAUGGACCACUUACAGAGGAAAAAGCCCCAGGAACACAAAGGUCUUUCAUGGUAACCUGGACAGCUCCAAGGUGAAAGAAAACAGCUUUUCUCCUCCCUUUGUGGCCCGCUACGUCAGAAUUCACCCCUUUCGCUAUGUGCUGAAGCCGGCUCUCCGCCUGGAGCUGCUGGGAUGCGAUCUCAACAGCUGCUCACUGCCUCUCGGACUCCAGCGGAGACUGGUUCCUGACGACAGCUUCAGCGCCUCCUCAUAUUAUUCAAAUCUGCUGCGGAGCUGGAACCCUCACUUCGCCCGCCUGCACCAGAGCGGCAGCACCAAUGCCUGGAGACCAAAGAACAACAACCCCAAUGAGUGGCUGCAGGUCGACCUGGGAACCAUCAAACGCAUCACAGGGAUCAUCACCCAGGGAGCCACAUCCUACCUGACCCAAAUGAUGGUGACAGAGUUCUCAGUCACCUUCAGUCAUGACGGGCACUCGUGGAGCAGUGUGCUGGAGGAGGACUCCCAAGGAGAAAAGAUAUUUACAGGAAACAACGAUGCAGAUGAUGAAGCCAUCACCGUCUUUGACCCCCCGCUGUUCGGCCGCUACAUUCGCAUCCACCCGCGGGGUUGGAUCAACGACAUCGCCCUCCGCCUGGAGGUGCUGGGCUGUAACACGCAGCAGGGAAUCUGAUGGCAUUUUGUAGCAAUCAACUUAGCUGGUUUUUCUUCUGGAGUUUGGCAAGAAAUAAAAAAUGAGAUAUUAUUAUGUAGAGCACUUAAGUUAUAUCUAAACUGUCUAAUGGGAUAUUCUCUGUAGCCACAACUUUGUUUACAUUUUCACUUUGUUUUUAUCAGUAAAAUAUGUGACUGUUUCACCAUCGUAAACUUGGAGUUGGGAAAUAGUUUUUGACUUAUGAAGGGCAUAGUUACAUCUGAGGUCAUAUCAGAAUUGAUAUAAUAUCUUUGAGGAAACCAUGACUACUUGUGCAGCACAGAGCUGUUCUUAGAGCAGAGAAAACCUUUUGAAUGUAACCGUGUAAAUAUUUCAGAUUGAGAUCAAUUAUUUUUGUCUGACUGGCUGUAUAUCACUGGAAAAGUUUGUAUUUUGUGUGCUUUAUUUGAGAUCUUAUAAACUGUGAAUCUAA